GCUGUUCUUUGUUUUGUUUUGAUUUUGUUUCCUCUAGCCAUUGGGUCUUCUAUUCGUAAUUUAAAUGGCUGGUCGAGGAGAUCACAUAGAAGGCAACGAACUAUGUGAUAAUUUGAAUCGACUCAGAUAUGAAGUUGGCAGUUUACGAUUACUUAUGAGAAACAAUAACGAUUGUGUGAUGUCAGAAUUAUUACUUGCACCAUCUACUGGUGCAGAAUCAAAAGACGCAGAAAUAUUGCAUCCACUUUCGGAGAGUGAUAAGAUUCAAAGCUUGGAACAAGUCCGUUUGGAACAUUCUUUGUCAGACAGAAUUUUAACAGAUAUAAUCAAUCAAUGCAAGGAUCCUUUGGAACAGACAUGUCUGCGUUCUGAAUAUUUGAAAAAACUGAGUGAAAUUGAAGCUGAUUUAAAGAAAAAAGUUGAUGAAUUGAGCCAUAAAUAUGAAGAAUCUUUCUCACAAAUAAUUCAUUCCAGUUAAUUGUAAAUAUAUAGUUUGGAUAUGCAAUUAAUUUGUAUUAUCUUUUGUUAGAAUGCAUUU